AAGAUCCAAUUCUCUCUCCGGUCUCGUUCAUCAAAGUUUGGAGUGGGCGUUUGCCUGAGCAAAGAGAAACUACGGCAAUGGAGAUGGAGAAGAAAGAGAUGGCUUGUGAAGCUUCGAUUCCCAUAUCAAUUUCAGAAGCCUUCUUCCUCCAUCUGAUCUGCGCCCUAGGGCUAGCCCUAGCUUUCUGGAUUGCUCGUUAUAUCUAUUCCACCGAUCUCAUCUCCGAUCCUUCUCGCACUCUCUUCUUGAUUUUGGCCAUUGAAUGUCCGAUUGUGAUUCUUCUUUACAGCCGGUAUCGUACGGACAGGCAGCAAUGCUCGUACUUGAAGGCUGUGGCUCGAGGCUUGCUUGGACUUCCCGCUGGUGCUGUUAUUAAUGCUUUUGGAGCAAUAGUUCUAGGCGCGCCUGUUGGUGCUCAAUACUUCGUGAAGACCCUUAACUGGUCACUUGUGAUGUCAUUGUUCAAUAUCGUGCCUUCAGCGUGUGUCUUUGGUUCAUCAUGGAGAGAUUGGCAGCGCCUAUUUGCUUACACAAAGCCAAAUGGAACUAUUGAUCACAUGAUAUGCAUUCCAGCACAUGGUGCCAUUAUUGGAGCAUGGUUUGGCGCAUGGCCCAUGCCACUUGAUUGGGAAAGGCCAUGGCAGGAAUGGCCAAUUUGUGUGAGUUAUGGGGCAAUACUCGGCUACUCAAUCGCAAUGGUAGCAUCCUUGGUUUUCUCACAUCUGAGGGGUUCGCAGCAUGUUAAAAGAGACUAACUUCCCAGUAUUCCGUUCUAGCUCGAUUAUCAAAAUUUUCCCUUUCUCCUCAUUUUUCUCUUCGCCAGGGUUUUUCUUCAGGUGCAUCGCACGAUACUCCUUUUUUGAACGUUCUCACCAUUCAUGUUCUUUUGAAUAUCUAUCGCUAUCAACACACAUGAGCUGUUUCUUUGUAGCCUGUAUAAUGCACGAAAGCUCCUUUUUUUGUUUCUCCGAAUGGGGACGUCUUCAUGUGAAUUCUCUCUAUAUAUAGUGUGCGAAAAAUUGCAGAUUCUUUUCCUUUUA